CCCCUCCCCCCUCCCCCCUCCCCGUCCAGCUCCGAACCACAGUGAGCAGAGCAAUGAUUCACUGGAGCACGGACUCCGUGAUGAACUAGGGCAAUGCAGCAGCAUACUUCUGUCGUCUUCAGUCUAGUCGCAAGAGGAGCGACGGGUAAUAUCGCGGCCCUCCAGAUCAACAGCCUUCCCGGUCAGAGGAAAAACCGGAUCCAUUGCUCUUCUCCUCUUCCCACUUUCCCAGUUUUUCCCUGCUUUGUCUCAGCACAGUCUCUGGGACAAGGUGGGGACGAUUGUCGGCUUGACAGCUCAACAACUGGUUCGGAGUGGAUUUUCGUCCGCUCAUCUGCACUGGUUCUCUCUGCUUCUGGCUCGGGUGCGAGAAGAAAUACGGGCUGUAUGGAGGUGUGCAGCCUUGUUGGGUUGUUUCCUUUUCUUUUGACAGGAAGCCCAGGUCCACUGAAGAGUCCCCGGCUCGAUGAAGCCAAGGUCUAUCUGGGUUGACCAGCGCACUAAACUCCCCUCUGGCGAGUAUCAACCGUCGUUUUCAACAAAGUCAGUUGACAGUGGGGGUGAUGAAAUGCUGUUGAGACGGCCCGGCCUUCAGCGUCGCGUGUCGAGAGGAAAAAAACUCUGUAAAAUGGACAGGCAGAGUGGAAGGAGGUGACUACAGCGAAACUUUG